AUGUCCAAGGUAAUUCGCAGCGUCAAAAACGUCACAAAGGGUUACUCGGCCGCCCAGGUCAAAGUGCGCGAUGCGACAAGUAACGACCCAUGGGGACCUACAGGAACCCAGAUGGGGCAAAUCGCCCAGAUGACGUACGGCACAAGCACCGAGUUCUACGAAAUCAUGGACAUGCUCGACAAGCGACUGAACGAUAAGGGCAAGAACUGGCGUCACGUCCUGAAGGCAUUGAAGGUUAUGGACUACAUUUUGCACGAGGGAUCCGAGAUGGUGGUGACGUGGGCCAAGCAGAACAUCUUUAUCAUCAAGACCCUGCGCGAGUUCCAAUACAUUGACGAGGAGGGCAAGGAUGUUGGAAACAACGUCCGUGUCGCCGCCAAGGAUCUUACUGCGCUGCUCCUGGACGAGGAGAGGUUGCGCGAGGAGCGUACUGACCGAAGAGCCUGGAAAUCGCGUAUGCAGUACGGGGAGGAGAUGCCCCAGCACCACGCCGAACCGUCGCGUCCCCGCCCCCGGCAGCAUAGAGCACAGUAUGCCGACGAGGACGAUGCAGAGUACAAGUUGGCGAUCGAAGCGAGCAAACACCAAGAGGAGGAGGACAGGAAACGACGUGAGAGGGCUCUCGCCGAGGUGGACGACGAUGAUCUCGCCAAAGCCAUCAAGCUCAGCAAGGAAGAGGAGGAGCGAAGGCGACGGGAGCUCGAGGAGACGAAUGCCGCGGCUUUGUUUGAUGAUACCCCAGCGCAGACGACCCAGCCUCAGUUCACCGGUUUCAACCAAGGCUAUCAGCAAGGCAGUGCGGUGGAUUUCUUUGCUAACCCACUUGAUCAGAACCAGCUGCAGGCUCAACAAACUGCUUACAUGAACAAUGCAUUCACCGGGUACGGGCAGCAACCAAUGGGAUAUCAGCAGACGGGAUACCAGAACGGCUUCCAGAACGGCUUCCAGCCCCAGCCUACCGGCAUCUACGAUCCUUACGGUCAACAACAGCAGCAGCAACAGCCCCAAGGUUUCAUGGCCCAGCCAACGGGCUACAACCCAUACGCGAACCAGCAGCAACAGCAGCCCCAAUUCGACAACUCCUCGUCGACGUUGCAGCCCGGUAGUAACAACCCUUGGGCCAGCAACAAUAACAACAACCAGCAGUCAGCCAUCAAGCCAAUGCCGACAGGAUCGAACAACCCAUUCGCGCAGAAGUCACCGUACAAGGCGCCAUCGAUGCCGGCAUUGAGCAGCCUCCCCGAGCAAAAGACGCUAUCAUCCUUCCCCCAAAUCUCCGUCACUUCCUCUAAUUCGCCAUUUAAUACCUUUGGCUCGCAGUCCCAGCAACAGCAGCAGCCCCAGCAGCAACAACCUCAGUUUCAACAGCAACCGCAGCAGCCCCAGCGAGAACUCAGCGAGCACGAGCAGAAGCUUAACGCCCUGCUCGCCAGCGGAGAGGGCAUGGACACGUUCGGCAACACGGGUAAUCUCCGUAUUCCGGCGCAACAUACCGCCCCUGGAACGUUUGUCAACAGUGCAGGUGCUGGCCUGAAUAAGAUCACGACCGAGGCGACGGGUAACAACCCUUUCUUGAAGCAGCAGUUCACGGGCUUGCCGACGGUAUCGUACGGAGGUCAGCAGAUGCCUGCGGCGACGGGGCCGGCCGGUAUGGGCAUGAACAUGGGUUACGGCGGUAUGAGCGGGGGAUAUCAGCAGCAGCAGAUGGGUAGCAGCAACCCAUUUGCGGCGGGUGGUCAGCAACAGCAAAGGCAACAGCAGGGUGGCCAGGGUGAUUUGAUCUCUUUCUAG